AUGGACUACUCACUGGGACUCAUUCGUUUUUCUGUGAAAUAUGGUCAAGACUUUCCAACAGUAACUGACAAGGAGAUCGAAGAAGCAUACAACGAAUAUAAAGAAUUCUACGCCAAACACCAUCGCGACCACCCCGGAACAGCCACGGAUUGUUAUGAAGAAUUUCGAGAUAAAGAAUGCCCUGCAACUGUGAUUCCCCAGCCAGAACUAGCUGUCGCAGAGGCUUUUAGGGUACCAUAUCAGGAUCCAUUGAACAUGGUCGAACGAUUUCAGAACUACAUCGAUAAGAAGCACGCACAUUGGCUUGGCAAUAAGAUAAAUCGCGUACCUUACGGAACGGUUUUUCAGAGUUCUGGCUACGGAAAAACUCGCCUCAUUGAACAGCUUGCAACGAAAAUUCCUACGUUAUACGUGUGCUUACGCCCAAAGGAAAGUACAGGAUACCCGCCUGUUACGCCUAUCGCACCAGAGAUAUUCUUGCAUGAAUAUUCCCUUACCAAAUCAGCUACGGACCUCUGGGAACAACAACUGAGUAACAAAUGGUGCCUUAAGUUCUGGUCAGAGGUCUCAACAGCCAGUGAAAAGUGGCUUACAAUUGAAGAAAAUGAUGCGAACCUCUCCAAGGGGAAAUUCCCGUUCUAUGAUGCAGACAAUCCCAAUAACCGAGUCAAGAUUAUCUUAUGUAUUGAUGAAGCUCGAUAUCUUACUCGUCAUGUGCCAGACAGAAACGGAACUCCAUUCCGAAUACUUAGAAGAGCUAUGAAACAUAUCGCAUGGAAUGGCUUCUUUGCCAUCUUUUUGGAUACGCUCAGUAAAAUCUCGAACUUUGCACCACCCUUGUCAGAGGACCCGUCUUCGAGAGAUGACGAGGCACAAUUACUAUUUUUUCAUCCUUUUGUUAGACUUACAACAAUGGAUAUCUUUGAAAAAAUGACGGGAGGUCCAGCAGAGAAGACCAGAUUGUUCACUCUCAAAGGACUUGUCACACUAUUGCAGAAUAAACUCUUUGGCGGAGCAAGAUCUUUCGAUGAUAGCCACAAAAAGGAACUAUCCAGUAUCGCCAUUUUAUCAGUACUUGUUUGCCUGGACAUUUCACCACAAUCGAAGAUUGCUUCUGAACUCGUGGGAUCCUAUAUGGCAACAUGUGUUGCAGUAUCAAAGGACAGGGAGCGCUUGUUAGUUCGUUAUCCCUCGGAACCUUUGCUAGCAGAAGCAGCGCUCACUACUAUUUCUGAUGAGAAAACAUUGAUUAGCAUUCUGCAAAAUUUUAACGAGAUGCUGAGAAAAGGUUUCGUGGAUGCAGGCGCUCGUGGAGAAGUGGUAGCACGAAUCAUCCUGAUUCUCGCGGUAAGGUCUAUACAGGAAAACGAAGAUUGGAAAUCAUCCGGCAUCACGGUCAAACAAUUAAUGGAACUACUGGAUCCGGCAGCUAUCGAUGAGCUACAAUCCUUUGUGGAUGCAACUGUGACUUUUACACACUUUAUUCCCAUAGUAUAUGUUCCUGAAAAACGUUCCUUAAAGGAAUAUUAUCGACGACGAUGUGCUGUGAUUCUCAAGCGAAAUAACCCCGGUGCGGACAUUAUGAUCCCUGUAAAAUUAUCAGAAGACAGAUAUUCCUAUAUCCUCAUUCAAAUGAAGAAUUAUGCAUCAAACAAUCGGAGUGCAGACCAGAGCUAUCCGGAAUCUGGUACAUACAAACUAAAGUCGCGUUUUGUCUUUCGAAAAUCAGAUCUCAAACAUCAUGAAGAGAAAUACAUCACUUUGUAUUGGCAACUCGGCUUUCAAGGACAACUCAGAGAGGUUCCACCAAUUCGCAAGUCUAAGCGUCAAAAAAUUGAAGAACAACAACACCCUUUUGCACAUUUUGGAUUAGACUUCUUCACAUUUCUUGGUCCCAUUGUCAAAAAAGAGUUAGCUGAUCUUUUGGAUGCUUUUAUCUCACCCUUUGAUGAAGUGUGGAAAUUUCACGAUGAGGAAACAGGCGAUUAUUGGUCUGAGAAACAGAUUAUGGCUCACGAUCCCCUCGUUUACGAUUCUCGUAUUUCAUCACCAAUGUGA